AUGUCAACAUAUCGUGUACCACAUGGUGAAGGAAUACUCAAAACUCCAGAAAUAAAUCUCACUUCAGUUUGUGUAGAAUUCUGGUACAGUAUGCCAGGAUCAACUUCAGGUAUCAAAGUUGAAAUAGAAACUUCUUGGGGACAUGUUGAGACAAUCUGGAGCAACAAGGGAAAAAUAAAUGCUGGUAAAUGGAGUACACAAGCAUUGGUUAUCAACUGCUACGACAAGUAUAAGAUUUUAUUUUCUGCAAACAAGAAGACAUCAAUGUCUUAUGUUGGAAUUGAUGACAUCCACAUUUAUGGAAAAUCAGAAGUACCUACAUCAAGUUCUGUAAGCACUUAUGCAGUUGUACCAAUGUCCACAACCGCUACCACCAUCAUUACAUCAAAUUUAGAAACUUCUAAUACUGGUCAAACCGAAAUAAAGAAAGCAUCCAAGCAGACAACUGUACAGCAAACGCAUUUUUCAACAACUUCGACCCAUACCGAGAUAAACACGCCAUCUACAUCCUAUUCAACGCCAAGUAAGCACGUGACGAAGAAGAAACCUACAACAGAUAAAAAGAAAACUACUUUGAAUAAACACGAUAGUAAAACCACAGACCAGAGUACUACACCAUAUAUAAUACAAGUGACAAAUAAGAGAUUGACCACCAAAAAGAAUAAAGCGACAAAAUCUGACGCUAACAACUCUGAAUACAUAAUGAUACACAGUUCAAACUUACAAGUUACUGGAAACAACAUCCUUUCAUUUUGGUAUCAUAUGAAUGGAAAUGGGAUCGGAAGUUUGACUGUUUACUUAGUCAGCAAAGGCACUCGCCAGAGAUUAUGGCAGAAAACUGGACGCCAGAGUCCAGACUGGUUACUUGCAACCAUACCUAUAAGAAAUGGGUCUUAUCAGAUAGAACUCGAGGCAACAGCAAAAUACCAUUAUGGGAGCGAUCUGGCAGUGGACGAUAUAACCUUGAGGAAAGCACUUCCAUCUUUACAACGGACAACAUCCCCCUCAUCACCGACAACCGUUAAAAUAGCAGCACUACCAAUUAAUUGCAAUUUCGAAGGUGGAUUGUGUGGAUUUAAAACUGAUAAUAGUAAUUUUUCCUCGGCAUCAUGGAUACGAAAAAGUGGAACAGAAUCACUUGGGAAUUUUACGUUUUUACGUGGUGAUAAUACAACAGGCUCUGGUUCAUAUCUGUCACUGACUAUUGCUAACAAGAGAGCUUUGAUAGCGGACAGAGCUAGUUUAUAUAUACCGGCAAUACGUAGUCAGAAAAUGACUUGUUUAACUUUUGCCUAUAGUCUUCCAAGCAACACCAGUGGUGUUAUACAGAUAUUUCAGACAGGCACUAAUACUGUUACUACAUCAAGUUCUGUUAGCACUACUGCAUUUGUAACAAAGCCAACUACUCAUAUAGCCAUGAUGACAUCAAGAUUCAAAAUUCUCAAUACUGAUCACACAACAGAACCAGGAACAGAAAUAUCAACCAAACAUAGUGUACAGCAGACUCAUAUGUCAACAAAGUGGAACUUUACCAAUCAAUCCUCUGCAUCCACUGAACAUUCAAUUUCACCGUCUAAAUCAUUCACAAUAUCAAGCAAAAUUGUGACGAAGAAGAAACCCACAGUGGAAUUCAAGAAAACUUCUCAAUUUAAAUUUGAUAUUAAAUAUACAAACCAACGAACUACAUCGAAUAUAAAACAAAUUACAAAGAAUACACUGAGUACCAAAAAGACUGAAGCAACAAAAGCGGACGCCAGCAAAUCUAAACACAUAAGUAAAGGAGCUCAGGCAGGCAUUGGGGUGACUGUAUCUGUUGUAGGGGUAGGGCUUGUCUUGAUUUUACUUUUCUUAAUGAAAAAGAAAGUUAAAACAAUAGGUAUAAUUGAUAAAACAAAUGAAAAGGACGUCCAAAAAAGUAACAAUGACAAACAACCAGUUUUGUUGAAAAUGGAAGUACUACCGAAAAGUAGUGUUGGUCAUAGUGACAACAUGCACUAACGUGCAAUGCCUCGACAACCUUGUAAGAGUCAAAGAAUAAAUACAAUAAUUGUGAAAUCCGUCCAAAAAGUGUUUGGUUAUCAACAACGUGGACAUGAUUGGUAGAUAGUUAAAUAGUAGCAGUUGUAUUCUUUGAGUGUUAUGCAACCUAACAUGACGUUUUCAAUAUAGGUAUACUGACUAAGGCGUUGUGAUAUACUGACCGCAAAAAUCACAGGAUAAUUGUGGUCAUAUAUAAUGCUUAAAAAAGAAAUCUUGAUAUAUGACGUACAUUAUGUAUAGAAGAGAAGUCGAAUAUUUUUGAGAAAUUUCUUUUGAGUAUAAAUUUAAAACAUAUUUUAACGCCUAAGGUUUAAUAGAUGUACAAAUAUUAACUGUUUAAAAGCGAAUAAUAAAAAACAAUUUAACCAUUAUAUAAGUGUUCCAUUUUGAUUUGUGAUUCUUUUAAAUUAAUCUAGAGUGUAUGUAAAAUAUAGAGUCAGGAUGUAUGCUUAAACUGAUAAUGAGACAUUUGUUCAUCAGAACUAACCGGACGAACAA